CCACGAACAAUCCUAAGGGAGAGGAAAGGGAAUCUAGACCCCCGGCGUCAUGAUUGCGCUCACAACAUGGCUGAAACUAUACAGAAACUGCAUGUCGUUCAUGUACAACGCAAGAGGGUCAGGACGGUGAGGGAGGGAGGGAGCGAGGGAGAACGACGAGGAGGAGGAGGGAGCGAGGGGGUCUGUGGACGGACCCCCGCGACGAACUUUUGCCGCCUGGGGCCGCCGCUCCCGACGCCUGGACCCGGCCGACCCCUGGGCGCCCGGCUGGCGCGCCACCUCAUGAGCGUGACCUGCAGCAGCCCGCGCGCCGCGCCCCCUCCGGGCGCGACGCUGCGGCGAGGCAGGGCCGCCGCGAGAGGCACGGGCCGGAGAAAAAAGGUGCGCGCACUCUUGCUCAGAGUGUGGGCGCGGUCGAUCCCGUCGGAAGGACAAGCGAGCAAGGAACCUGGCGCCUUGACGGCGCAUCGGCAGCAAAGAGUACAUGCGUCUCAGACAUCUGUCACCUUCGUCAGGGCAGAUGUGCGCAGAAACUGGGUGUCCAGCGGCCGAAGGGGCGCGCAGAUAGCAUCAGCAACCGCGAUCCUCGACAACACAAAUCACGACGGCUCACACCGGGCUUCGGGAUGAAAGGGGCCCAGACCGCUGGGGAGCCCACGCCGUGAACAAAAAUCACACCAAACUUCGGGCGUCGGGCCCCCCGGGCACCGCAGCACGCGGAAGGAGGCACCUCCGUGCUUGGCCGUGGUCCUUCCUGGGCUCUAGCCACUCGGUGCGCGACCUCCUGGCCGACGCCAAGGGGGCCUGCGCAUCAGCCUGGGGCAGGGGUGGCCCUCCCAGGCGUCCAGGGACGCCCGUGCCCCUCGCAGCGGCUCCCCAAAGGCCCGGGCCCCUUCUCGGGAGGAGGAGGAGGAGGAGGAGGAGGAGGAGGAGGAGGAGGAGGAGGAGGAGGAGG